CAAGCUGCGAAUUGGAAUCAAUCACCACCAGAAAACCACACGACGACCGCAUAGAGCAUCACACGACACCGACCCAAAGACUCGCUCUACCUCUCCUCUUCCUCAUUCUCUCUUCCCAGCGAGUUCCGACUUACUCUCCGUCCACCAUGGUGCUUCGCAUCCGUCUUGCCCGUUUCGGCAACGUACGCCAACCGGUUUACAAUAUUGUCCUGUCCCAAGCAAAGACAGCUCGGGGUUCCAAACCAAUGGAAGUCCUAGGAACCUACAAUCCCAUCCCUCAAACCCCUUUGGCCACACCCAACACGCCCGAAUAUCUACCGAAUGGGGAAAAGUUCCAGGCACGCAAGUUUAAAGAUAUUCAGUUGGAUAUAACCAGGACAAAAUACUGGUUGGGUGUGGGUGCGCAACCUACUGAGCCUGUUGAGAAGCUCCUUUGUCUGAUUGGCAUGAUGGAGCCGAAACCGUCAUUACAGAAGAGACUGGCUUCCAAUAAUGUACAGCCUACUGAGCCUACAUCCAAAACCACCAAAAAGCCCCAACCGCAAAAAGCCUAACGAGACGUUGGGCGACGAAGCUGAAGAUAGAGCUGCAUCCGUUGAAUGAGGUGUGUGAAAACUGCAUAGCGUGGAGUUCUGGGAUCGAACUUGGAGGGUUGUCUCCUUUUGACAAGAAAAAGACGCACCCUUGUACAACAUAUUGAGAAUGAGCGUGAAGACGAGGCCAAAGCGUAGCUGAAGCGGGUUCAAACUCUACUUGAGAGCCCAUGGGGGUUUGGAAAUAGGUGGAUAUCUACUAAUAUAUCAUGCUAUACCCCAUCCGCAUUGUUGAACGCAAG